CCUUCCUUUUCCGGGCGGGGCGCGGCGUGGACGGGCGGCCACGAUCGGCUCGGGCAGCGCCGCCAUGGCUUGUGCUCGGCCGCUGAUCUCGGUGUACUCGGAGAAGGGGGAGGCCUCGGGGAAGAACGUGACCCUCCCCGCCGUGUUCAAGGCGCCGAUCCGGCCCGACGUGGUGAACUUCGUGCACACCAACCUGCGCAAGAACAACCGGCAGCCCUAUGCCGUCAGCGAGCUCGCAGGUCACCAGACCAGUGCCGAGUCCUGGGGUACCGGCAGGGCCGUCGCUCGCAUCCCCCGCGUCCGAGGGGGUGGCACUCACCGCUCCGGCCAGGGGGCCUUUGGGAAUAUGUGCCGAGGCGGCCGCAUGUUCGCUCCCACCAAGACCUGGCGGCGCUGGCACCGCAGAGUGAACAUCACGCAGAAGCGGUAUGCCAUCUGCUCUGCCCUGGCUGCAUCUGCCCUGCCAGCUCUGGUCAUGUCCAAAGGUCACCGCAUCGAGGAGAUCCCAGAACUCCCUCUCGUUGUUGAGGACAAAGUGGAGGGUUACAAGAAAACCAAGGAAGCCGUUCUGCUCCUUAAGAAGCUUAAAGCUUGGAAUGACAUCAAAAAGGUUUACGCCUCCCAGCGCAUGAGGGCCGGGAAGGGCAAGAUGAGGAACCGCCGGCGCAUCCAGCGCAGGGGGCCCUGCAUCAUCUACAACGAGGACAACGGCAUCAUCAGGGCCUUCCGCAACAUCCCAGGAAUUACUCUCCUGAACGUGAACAAGCUGAACCUGCUGCGACUCGCUCCCGGGGGCCACGUGGGGCGCUUCUGCAUCUGGACAGAGAGCGCCUUCCGCAAGCUCGACGACCUGUACGGCACCUGGCGCAAGGCGGCCACGCUCAAGAGCGACUACAACCUGCCCAUGCACAAGAUGACCAAUACAGAUAUCGGAAGAAUCAUGAGAAGCCAAGAAAUCCAGAAGGCCCUGCGUGCUCCAAAGAAGAAGAUUCAGCGCAGGGUCCUGAAGAAGAACCCGCUGAAGAACCUGAGGAUCAUGAUCAAGUUGAACCCCUAUGCCAAGACCAUGCGCCGCAACACCAUCCUGCGGCACGCCCAGAACCACAAACUCAAGGAAGAGAAGAAAGCCAAGGCCAAGGCCAAGCUGGCAGCGCAGGCCCCACCUGCACCCAAGGCAGAGCCUGCAGCCAAGAGGCCGAAGGCGGCCAAGCCCGCGGGCAAGGCCAAGGCUGAUGCGUGAGCACCGCGGGGCUGCCCUGGGGCGUCCCCGGGGCUGGCAAUUAAUAAAUGCAGUUGGAACAGAGAAA